UACAGAGAAUGAGCAUUGGGCAGAGCUUGGAGCAACAACUGUGCACAGCUCUGUGCUCAUACUUUCAAUCAUGAGGGGGCUGUUGUUAGGCAGAGGAGGGUCAGGACAGAUGAAUAACCCAGGAUCUUAGCCAAAAGAAGACAGGGAAUAUUUUAAAUCCAGUCCUUGUGAACUUCCUGAAGCUUGUUAUAGAGAUGCACGCUUCGGACUGAAAAUAGCCUUGUUCUCUUUCACUUCAUUUAAGAAAAUGGCUCAAUGGGAGAAAUGAGCGUGCCAAACCUUGAGAGAAAACUGGUCACAGGAGAGGUGGAAUGCAGCCUACUGAAUGUCCGCCCCUUCCUUUGGACUUUAGACUCGGCCAUUGCAGGGUCUGUGCUCACUGCUGUCCUGAGGAGAACUGCACCAUGGAAUUUGUGGUGAUGACAGUAGCCCUUCUUGAAUCUUGUCGAACCUGUGGGCCUCCAACGUGGUGUUAAGAGACAUUAUGCCUUUGAAGGAAUCGACUGCCGACUGCAACCAGCGAAUUCUGUAGAAAUGGGGGAACCACUAUGCACCGCGUCUGAGGGCUCCUUUAAUAAUUACUACAACAGGGAGUUAAUAAGUUUCCAUUAUAACCACACUGGGAAACUUGCAGACCCGAAAUAUAAGUCACAAGGCCUGAGUGUCACCUCUGUUGUCUUCAUCAUUUUGUGUUCUUUCAUCAUCCUUGAAAACCUUUUGGUGUUGGUGGCCAUCUGCAGAUAUAAGAAGUUCCACUCAGCCAUGUUUUAUUUCAUUGGAAACUUGGCACUUUCGGACCUUUUUGCGGGCAUUGCUUACAUCUUCAACAUUGUGUUUUCGGGAAGCCAGACCAUGAAGCUGACACCGCUGCAGUGGUUUAUCCGUGAGGGCACCAUGUUUGUUGCAUUGGCUGCAUCAGUUCUCAGUCUGUUGGCCAUCGCUAUUGAAAGGCAUGCAGCCAUUGUGAAAGUCAAACUCUACAGCGGUGACAAGAAUACUCGGAUGUGCUUACUGAUUGGAAGCUGUUGGAUUGCCUCUGUGCUGCUGGGUGGGCUGCCGGUAAUGGGGUGGAACUGCCUCUGCCAUGUAAAUGGUUGUUCCACUGUGCUGCCUCUGUUCUCCAAGAAUUACAUUUUGUUCUGUAUCACCUUGCUCAGCAUCAUCCUUCUGUCUAUUGUCAUCCUUUAUGUGCGGAUUUAUCUGAUUGUACGAUCCAGUCACUGUGAAACUGCGGCUCCACAGACCCUGGCGUUGCUAAAGACAGUCACGAUUGUGCUCGGUGUGUUUAUUAUUUGCUGGGCACCCACCUUCAUCAUGUUACUGCUGGACUUUGCCUACACAGAAAGCAAUUUGAAGAUCCUGCACAAAGCAGAAAUCUUCCUGGCCCUAUCUACACUCAACUCUGCUAUGAAUCCCAUCAUAUACACUCUGAGGAGCAGGGACAUGCGCAGAGCAUUUCUCCGCAUCCUGUGUUGCUGUUCCAUGAUGGAGAAUAAGACCAGGUUUGACAGCUGCUUCCCUAGUCUUCGCCACACCAGUACAUUGGACCGGUCUUACCAUAAACACAAGAUGGCAGACUCACCAACGAUGCCAGAAUGCACAACAUUUGUGUGAAUGUCUGUGCUGCAAAAGGGUCUGAUGGUGUUGAGUAACUUACCAUGCACCAUCGACACGUGCACUCCACACACUUACCUGCCACAGAGACAAACAUGUGCAUGAUUAGUCCCUGAGCCUACAAUAUCCGCUGUCACAAGAGGACCUCAGGUCAACAAAUGAUGAGCAAGUUGGAUGUGAGACUCAAUCUAACCCCUUUCACUGUAUGAUACAAUGGCAACCAGUCAGCUGACCCACAGGAUUUAUUUUACUCUCCACAAUAACAAUUUAGCAGCAGCCAAUCAGAAAUGAAUACACCUGACAAAGUGACCAAUGGUUGAGCUGCACGACAGAAUUUGCAGAGUCUCGUGGACAGAAUCUGUGAGCCAAGCUGCUGGAAAUCACAACUAAAGACAAUGCUGAAUAAUAGAGCUUACAGGACACAGUCUGCUCUUAAUCUAUCCUCAGAAAGGAUCACGUUUCCAUGCUAUUUGCAAUUGCAAAUGGUGGCUGGAGGGAGAGAAAAAAAUAUUUUUGAGGCGUGCAGGCACACACAACAAUUUUAAUGGAGCAUCAUCACAAACUUUUCUUUGUUUUUCUGAUGCCACAUUAGUGUUAGACCUGACCUCCAGGUAAUGCCACUUCCAUAUAUAAUGUUGUUUCCAGUGGUGGCAGCAGGUUUCCCUGCCUGGGGCUUUGCCCUGUGACCAGCAGCACAGUCUCCUACCAAUCAACAUUGCCUUGUGCUCCCUGUAUAGUAGCACUGCUGCUGCCCAGCAGCACUGUCCCCCACCUAGGGCCUGCUCUGCCUAGUCCUGUGCCCCCUGCAUGGUACCCACUGGUAAUGGUAAUGCAGCAAAAUUACAGUGGGAAAGUGAAAUUGUUCCCCUCAUGUUAACACAGCAGAGGAAGGAGAGCAGCAGGAUUUCUAUGAGCCAGGUUUUGGUUUCAAUUAUAUUAGGAGCAUAAGCUGGACCCUUUAGGGCUAUCUAUCACCUUGAUAAUAACUUGACACCUUGACACUGACAUUUUGUAACUCAGUAAACUAUUACUUACAUGAUGAGUGUAGCUAAAAGAAGCAAGUCUGCUGGCCAAUUCCAGCUUAAAUGUUUAAAAUUCUAAUUAUUAUAUUUUAAACUGGCUCACACAUCAUUUAGAAUUAGGUUUGUUUCUAUAAAUUCUGUAAUUUGGGCAUUGACUGCUGCCUUUACUUUGAUCUCUGUCACUGAUAUGUGUCAUGCUGUGAGAAACUGUUUAAUAUCAAAACAUAUUGUGAUUAGUUUCCACGGGAUAUUUCCGCUGUUUGAAAUUUCCAUGUAGUCAGCACCUCCCAACCAACAUACAGAGGGAGUUGUGGAACUUUGCAUGUGAGUCACAGAGCCUCAGGCCCAGUCUCAGACUGAUGCAGCAGCUCUGGCCUUGCGCAGAUUCAAAUUUGACACCUAGCUCUGGAGACCAGCUUCAGUGACUGUCUUCAACUCAAGUCACAUUGGACAACUGGACAAUGACUGUUGAUUGUGUAAGUUUCCAUAAAUGUGCAGGAGUUCUCUUUCUUGUGAAAAUAACUCCAAUAUAAAAGUUUAAUGGAGCUAUGCUGCCUACAUUUCACAAAGUGAUGGAGGCAGCAACCAAUCAGUGUUUGAAAAAGCCAAGUUAUGAUACUAACAGCAAAAAGGAGCUGGGCAGAAUCCUGGACGGCAGUGCAAACGGCAUCUGAUUUAUUCUCCAUCGUGAUACCAUUGUGGAGAACGUACAGAAAGUGACCCAGAUGUAGAGACACUCAGUAUCUUGAAGCUGCCAGUGGGUCAGGCUGCUCCUUUAAAUGAAGGUCAAAUUAAUUUGGUUGUUUAGUUUAAAUGUUUAAGUGGCAACACUACAGCAGAAUCCAGCAAUGGAUUGGCAUUGUUAAAUGUCUAAAUGUCAAUGUAGAGAACUCAAAAUAUAGAAUGUUAAGCGGUACGAGAAAUGAUUAAUGGCUGCUCACUGAGAAUUAACCAACAGAAAAUAAACCUUUUCUUAAAAAAA